AUGGCGGAGGAGAAGAAGGCGAAGGCGGGCCAGGCGCAGCUGCCGACCGAGUCCAUGAAGGCCAUGGCGGAGUCGCUGGGCGUGGGCCAGGUGCCCGAGGAGACCUGCCAGCUGCUGGCCGACGAAGUCAGCUACCGCAUCAAGGAGGUCGCCCAGGAUGCCUUGAAGUUCAUGCGGAUGGGGAAGCGCCGCCACCUGACCACGGGCGACGUGGAUCUCGCGCUCAAGCUGAAGAACGUGGAGCCGUUGUACGGGUUCCAGGCCCAGGAGUUCAUCCCGUUCCGUUACGCCAGCGGUGGGGGGCGCGAACUCUACUUCUACGAAGAGAAAGAGGUGGACCUGAGUGACAUCAUCAACACACCCCUCCCCCGUGUCCCUCUGGAUGUCUGCCUGAAGGCACACUGGUUGAGUAUUGAAGGAGUUCAGCCCGCCAUCCCAGAAAACCCACCCCCAGCCCCCAAGGAACAGCAGAAGGCAGAGGCCACGGAGCCGCUCAAAGCCACCAAGCCUGGCCAGGAGGAGGAUGGGGCCCUCAAGGGCAAAGGGCAAAGCGCCACACCCCCGGAUGGCAAAGGCAAGGAGAAGAAAGGGCCCCUCUUGGAAGGGACCCCCCUGAAGCUGAAGCCCCGGAGCAUCCACGAGCUGUCCGUGGAGCAGCAGCUGUACUACAAGGAGAUCACCGAGGCCUGCGUCGGCUCCUGCGAGGCUAAGCGGGCGGAAGCGCUCCAGAGCAUCGCUACAGACCCGGGACUGUAUCAGAUGCUGCCUCGGUUCAGCACCUUUAUCUCUGAAGGGGUCCGUGUGAAUGUGGUGCAGAACAACUUGGCCCUUCUCAUCUACCUCAUGCGGAUGGUGAAGGCCCUGAUGGACAACCCCACCCUUUACCUGGAGAAAUACCUCCACGAGCUGAUCCCGGCGGUGAUGACCUGCGUUGUCAGCCGGCAGCUCUGCCUUCGGCCCGACGUCGACAACCACUGGGCCUUGCGGGAUUUUGCCGCUCGCCUCAUCGCCCAGAUCUGCAAGAACUUCAGCACCACCACCAACAACAUCCAGUCCCGAAUCACCAAAACCUUCACCAAGAGCUGGGUGGACGAGAAGACGCCGUGGACCACGCGGUACGGCUCUAUCGCUGGGCUGGCGGAACUCGGGCACGAUGUGAUCAAGACCUUGAUCCUGCCACGGCUGCAGGUGGAGGGGGAGCGGGUCCGUGCCGUGCUUGAGGGGCCGGUUGUCAGCAACAUCGACAAGAUCGGAGCUGACCACGUCCAGAGCCUCCUGCUGAAGCACUGCGCUCCCGUCCUGGCCAAGCUGCGCCCUUCCCCCGACAACCCGGAGGCCUACCGAGCGGAGUACGGGCCCCUGGGCCCCCUCAUCUGCACCCACGUGGUCAAGGCGCGGGCUCAGGCAGCUCUGCAAGCCCAGCAGGUGAACCGGACCACCCUGACCAUCACCCAGCCUCGCCCCACUCUGACGCUCUCCCAGGCCCCGCAGGGGGGCGGCACCGCCUCCCGCACGCCCGGCAUCCUCAAGGUGCCCAGUUCCAUCACGCUGCCCAUGCAGACCCUGGUCUCUGCCCGACCCGCCACCCCCACACAACCUUCACCCCCUCCCACCAAGUUCAUCGUCAUGUCUUCUGCCUCAGGAACCUCCACUUCGCAGCAGGUGAUCACGCUAAGCGGGGCUCCUGCGGGUACCUCCACCUCCCCGGUCACCACCACCGUCCCAAGCACCCAGCCCUUGGUGAAGCUGGUCUCAGGUGGGCAGGCAGCCCCCAGCCCCCCCGUCUCGGGCAGCGUCCAGAAGUACAUCGUGGUUUCCCUGCCAACUGCUGCCGAGGGCAAAGGGGGGAGCGGGCAGCUCUCCCCCUCUUCUUCUGCCCAGCCCAGCCUGGCCCUCUCUGCGGGCAUCAAACAGGAGCGCAGCGACAGCCCCCAGCCCCCGGCAAGUGCCAGCACCACCAGCGCCGCCACGGCCUUCCUGGCCAAAGCCAACGGAGCCCCGGGCAUGGUGCCCGAGUCCCCACAGCCAUCCCUGUAA